AUGUCGCGACGGGCGCCGGGCGCGCCGCCGCGCACGGCUGGGGCAGCAGCGCCACCUGCGGGCUGGCACGGGGACUGCGUGCGUGCUGCGCCUCGAGGCACGCGCGGCGACGGCGCUGCCGGGCUCCGUGUCACUGAAACACCGGCGGUGCUCCGGCCUCUGCUUGGCGAGCUAUGGACUAGCUUCGGAGGCACAGCCUUUGUACAUGCUCGUGAUAUUAUAGGUGGUCAAAUGAGUGAUCUCGUGGAAGAAAACUGCAAGAAAAGUUAUUCUUCCCAGGAAACGUCUGCAGAAAAAAAUGUGUCUUCUGCUGAGUACUGCUCAACAAGACACAAAAAAUUGCAAAAACUCGAGAAACAAUUAAAAUGCUUAGCCUUUCAAAAUCCAGGACCUCAGGUAGCUGACUUCAAUCCUGAAACUAGAGAGCAGAAAAAGAAAGCAUGCAUGUCACAGAUGAAACAAAAAUUUUUUUAUGAGUCCAAAUCUACAAAGAAGUAUGACAAGCAUGGCAGGCUGCUGUGUAAUGACAUAGAUUUAUGUGAUUGCCUGGAAAUCGACUGCCUGGGUUGCUUCUAUCCUUGCUCCAAAUGCAACUCAAACAAAUGUGGGCCAGAAUGUCGCUGCAAUAGAAAAUGGGUUUAUGAUACGAUUGAAACUGAAGCUGGGGAUGUGAUCAGUGAGCUACCAUUUUUUGUCCCUGACUGAUAAUGUUCUGUU